AUGGCAACGAAUGCGUACCCGAUAUCUUCCAACUCGCGAACAAAGUUGAACGCUUUUCGCUUCAAAGAGGACGGAUCACUUCCCGAGGGUGCCGAUUCCAAAGACCAGACGAAACCAGUUCAUGGUGGCAAGGAAGCACAACCCUUAGGCUUUGACAGUGCGGUAGAGCUGAUGCAGGCGCCCAUCAGCAAUGGCAAUACUCCGCCUCGCCAAGUUCAAGCCCCGGAAACACACGCACAAGACACAAAACCAAUCAAAGAGUGCCCUCAGACUCCAGGAAACAGGAUCCCUCUCGCAGACUUGAUUAGCAAUGCCGAAGAUUCAUUCGAUCCCGCGCCAGGUCCAGAAGUGACACCGGUUGAGCAUGUCAUAUGGCAACAUGUGCCUGCCAGUUCGAAUCCAGAUACGUCAUCUCAGACACCAGCGGGUCGCCGAAGGAAACGUCGGCAUAGUUCUUCGCCUGCUGGCUCUCCCACGAAAGGAGAUAAGAAAAAGGGCCAAAAGGAAGCCCUCGAUCUCCAAUCCAUACAGGCUCUUUUGAAGACUCCGCAACACGAUAUGGCUGCCGAGUUAUGGAAUAAUUACAUAGAUAAAAACAUGGUCGAUGGAACGGAAGAUUUUCCACCGCCGCGCCUCGCAAAUCUCCUUUCUUCAUCGCCCCAAACACCAGCUUCGGGCAGAACAAGUCGAGACUCCUCGGGUCUUAGACGCGCGAUUAGCUGCACUACUGAGUUCCCCGCCUCUCGGGCAAAACGACGACGAGUCAACAGACUUGAUGCUGGUGCUGGUUGUGGGGGAAUUCAACGAACUAGCAGCAAUGUCGAAUCGGGGAAACCCAGGUCAAGGAUCAACUAUCUCAUGGAGAAGAUUGAAAGAAGUAUCAAUAUGGCCCCUGUCGAUGCGGGUCCCCCCGGAUCUUCGCCCCUGCGGCAACACAUGGAUGCGCGAAGGUGUCGCUCGUCUUCGCCCACAAAGGACCAUAAACUUCAGAAAGUUACCGAAGAAGCUGCCCAAUCUCCAUGUGUUUUACCAGCUGAGAAAACAGGACAACUGCCCGUUCUUCAAGAAUCGUCGUCCGAGUUUGGCGACGAUGACCUUGAUCAAGAUCUGAUGGACCUGGCCGAUGCCUCGGCGGAUCCUUUUAUUGAGUCGAAACACGCGUCUAUUGAAUAUACCUCUCUGGGAUCCUCUAGUUGGGGCGUCCUUUCCGCAGAUAAGUCUCGUUCAUGGGAGCCUCAAGAGAAUUCGAUUCUUAACAGCAAACCUCCAAACCCCGAUAACACUAAAAAUAACGAAACAAAGCAUGAUGAGUCCGAUGAAUUCGACGACUAUGACGAUCUUCCCGAUAACUUGCAAGAAAUACUCGCAAAAUGCGACACAAAACCCCUUCCACUCGAUUCAUCAAGGCAAACUACCACUGGACCAGGUUUGCAAAGGUCAGAUUCGACAAGGCCCUCGAUAAACGGCAAUACGCAUAGUAAAACUUCAGCUAUCGCGAAAGUCAAUGUUAAGACGGAAUCAUCGGAUGAUGAGUUUGACGAUGAUUUUGAUUUGGAGGCCAUUGAGCAAACUAUGAACCAAGCAGCAGGUGGAGAAGGUCCGGCUUAUAACCUAAAAGGUCGACAAGCUAUCAAACGUUACCAGAUCGUUGACAUCACGGAGAACACAUAUGUCACUUCAAAAGGACGUACUCAGCCAGAGCAGGGGUUACUAGUUGAAGAUGAGAAAACCAGAGGUCGCAAAACCAUUAUACUGCGAGAAUCAUGGUUCGACACUCCCUGCAGCAAAGAUUCGUAUAUUCACCUGAUCGGGGACUUCAACGCUGCGGGUAUAUGCGUUGUAGACAACUCGAAGAACAUGAUCAUUCUUCACCCUGACCAUCUCAUCUCUGCAACGGUCGUGGCAGACUCAAUAGACUGCCAGCGCCGAGCUGUUCUUCAAGAUAGAGUCAAAGUUAUCGGUCCACUCGAGAGACCGCAAGCCUUUGGUGUGUUCUUUCACGAAGUUUUCCAAGAAGCUCUCAAAGCGAAUGAAUGGGAUAUGGAUUCGUUGAAGACAUUGGUUGAGACCGUCAUGGGUAGACACAUCGAAGAGCUAUAUUCGAUCCAAAUGAGCAUCCCUGAAGCUGUUGAGUAUCUCAUGAGCAGGAUGCCUGCCGUUGUCGACUGGGCAGACAUGUUCCUACACCUCAAGCCACAGGCCAACUCUUUGGUUGAAGACCGCAAUAGCUCUAAGCUGAAUUUAAGUAUCAACAAACUGCUGGAGGUCGAGGAGCACAUCUGGUCCCCGAUGUAUGGACUUAAAGGCAACAUUGAUGCGACGGUCCAAGUCACCUCUCGCGAAGAUGACAAUGAAAAGAACUUGGUUGUUCCGCUGGAACUCAAAACUGGACGAAGAGAUACAAACCAGUCACACAGGGCCCAAACAGCUCUUUACACUUUACUUCUAUCGGAUCGCUAUGAUGUUGAUGUUACUUUCGGGCUGCUCUACUACCUCGAGUUAACUAAAACGCUCAGCAUCCGCGGAAUCCGACACGAGCUUCUCCAGAUGAUUCAGGUGCGCAACCACCUAGCUGGCUAUAUUCGCGGAAGGGAACAGCUUCCACCGAUGCUGAAAAAAGCACGUCAAUGUAUUCGUUGCUAUGCCAGAACUCCUUGUUUUAUCUACCACAAACUUUCUGAGGAUGGCGAUGGCGAGACCAGCGCACUUGGCGAGGACUUUGAUGCCGCCGUCGGCCAUCUUAACAACGGCGAUCGGGAUUUCUUCCGAAAAUGGGAUGAACUUCUGACCAAAGAGGAAGGAAACCUCGUGAAGUUCCGACGAGAGCUUUGGACAUUGCUGAGCAACGAACGAGAGGCUCUGGGCCGAUGCUUCGGUGAUGUUGUCAUUGAUCCGAGAUCCGUAUACGAGGAAAAUACCGGGACAAAGAUAAAUCGCUAUAACUAUACGUUUAUCAAACGUCAGCCGCCCCUGGGCUUCUCGUUUGCCGAAUCUCAAAUAUCUGUCGGUGACCCGAUUGUCGUUUCCGACGAAAAGGGCCAUUUCGCUCUCGCCAACGGAUACGUGGUACAUGCUAGUUCGUCACACAUCAAAGUUGGCGUGGACCGGAAACUUCACAAUGCACGAUCAAAGACGGUUGGAUUCGACGCCGUCACGAAUCAGUCCUUCAGAGGUAUCAUGGAGGUUGGGAAAGAGGAGCUUGCUGCUCUGGAAGACCCCGAGGAACAAUUUGUCUACCGGAUUGACAAAGACGAAUUCAGCAACGGCAUGGCCAUUGUUCGAAAUAACCUCAUUUGUAUGAUGGAUAAAGACUUGUUCCAAGCGAGACAGCUUCGACGGCUCAUUGUCGAGGGGCAACCGCCUGCCUUCAAGACGACAUCAUCCGCAUAUGCGAUCACUGAUCCUGGCAGCCUCAACGUUGACCAAACCCAAGCUAUUGACAAGGUAAUGAGCGCCAAGGAUUAUGCUCUUGUCCUUGGAAUGCCUGGAACUGGAAAGACCACAACUAUUGCUCAUAUCAUUCGAGCUCUCGUCGCACAAGGCAAGAGUGUUCUCCUCACAUCUUACACUCAUACUGCGGUUGACAACAUUUUGCUCAAGAUUCGCGACGAUAACAUUCGUGUGCUGCGUAUCGGUGCGACUGCCAAAAUCCAUCCAGAUGUUCAGGAUUUUGCCGAUCUUGCCGCAAUUCCCAAGUCUACUAUCGAAGAACUCAAGGAUUCGUACGAGAAGCCACAGGUUGUUGCCACCACUUGCCUUGGAGUCAAUCACAACAUCUUCAAUCAGCGUAUCUUCGACUACUGCAUUGUCGAUGAGGCUUCCCAGAUCACGCUUCCAGUCUGCCUUGGCCCUAUUCGUAUGGCAAGGACUUUCAUCCUAGUCGGGGAUCACUAUCAAUUGCCUCCGCUUGUGCAGAACAAAGCGGCACAGGAAGGAGGAUUAGAUGUCAGUUUAUUCAAACUGCUUUCGGACGCACAACCAGACUCAGUUGUCAAUCUUGAGCACCAGUACCGCAUGUGUGAAGAAAUCAUGUUGCUUUCCAACACACUGAUCUACUCGGGCCGUCUCAAAUGCGGUACGCCGCAGGUAGCAGCCCAGUCUUUGGAUAUACCCAACAUCGGUGUCCUCGACAAAUUCCAUGUCGAGGACAUCAAACGUGCUCCAUCACAAUCUCAACGAGAAAUUUGCCCGGGUACCCCCGAGUACCCCUUGCUGGUUGCGAGACUUGCUAACACCAUCUGCAAAAACACGCCUGGUCAACACCGACCCAAUCGGCCCUGCGGCUCUCGAGAUAGCGCAGGGAAACCGUAUCUGGAGUCAUUCAUUGCCUGCGGUAUCCCCGCGCGCAAUAUUGGCGUAAUCACUUUCUACCGCAGUCAACUCUCGCUCCUCCGCCAGAGCCUGCGACGCUAUACCCCGGAUCUGGAAAUGCACACUACAGACAAGUUCCAAGGCCGUGACAAAGCGGUCGUCAUUUUGAGCUGCGUUCGUAGUAACACUGAGAACAAUGUCGGCGAGCUCCUGCGUGACUGGCGUCGUGUCAACGUCGCCUUCACUCGUGCCCAGACCAAACUCCUCGUCGUCGGCAGCAGAUCCACCCUCCGUGAUGGCAACGAGCUCCUCUGCAAAUACGUCCGUCUGAUGGAAAGCAAACACUGGGUCUACAAUUUACCCAGUGGAGCAGUCGACAACCAUGUGUUCCAUUCCUGUGCCACACAAUCGCAGCUUAUGUCUCCGGAUGCGGCAUCGACCCCUGGCUCUGCCAAGGGUAAGGGUAAGGGCAAGAAGACAAGCCCAGUGGUCAAGAAGUCACCCUCUGAUCGGUCUUCUCGUGAACCCUUAAGCCCACUGGGAUCCCGGCAGAAAAACAGCGGUCUUCGAAAGCCUUCAAAGACAGGCGCAAAACUAUUCAACGGCACGAAGGUGGUCGGGAAUCGACCCAUCCUACGAGACAUCGUGAACGACCUGACGGGCUAA